AUGUUUUAAAAUUAUCCACUUGUUUUUUCUUAACAGUCGUGGUUAUCACUUAUAUCUUGCCUAUUAUAGCAGCAGGUUGACAAGGUUAUUGUAGUUGGCUGCGUGUACUAACACUAGUCCACCCUUAGCAGACACAUGACCAAAGGCCGUGAUCCUCCAAUUAUUUUGUGGAGUAGGGGCUGGGUUACCUAGUGUGUCCAGUACUAUAUUAUACAAUGUGUCCUUCCGUUUUUUAAGGCAAAUUACGAUAUGAGAUUUAUGUGCUAUUAUUUCUAGCUGUUCGUUGUUUUAUGUCUAGUAUCUGCCUAUCUUCAAUGUUUGCGCUACACAAAAACAACAACACACAAAACAAGAAAACAAACAAAAAAACUUCAGUACUUUAUCCAGUGGAGCUUUUGCCAUGAUAACGUAUAUGAACGUUACAAAUGUAAGAUUGCCGAAGGAUUUUGUCUCAAACAGAUCAUUUGGUCUUUAGUGAAAGCGGACUUCGGAACUUAACAUAAAUGUUCAGGGAGUUUUCCAGCAAUCUGGAUUGUUACUAAAUUGGACGCUAAAAAAUGAUCAGCUCACUGAUUGAAAACUUUGGCAGUUACUCUCGAGUACGAGGUAGCAUAAAUGACGACUGGGUUGAUCGCCUUAACCAUCUUUAUACUGUUGUGUUAUUGGUCAUCUUUGCGGUCAUAAUUAGCACAGGUCAGUAUGUCGGAGAUGCUAUUCAAUGUUGGUGUCCGGCCGAGUUCACAGAUGCCUUUGUCGACUACACCAAAUCCUACUGUUGGAUUGCCAACACGUACUACAUACCGAUGACAGACGUUAUACCAGUUGAAAUUCGCAAGCGAGAGGACAAACAGAUUACUUACUACCAGUGGGUGCCACUAAUAUUACUGUUUCAAGCAUUCAUGUUUAAAUUUCCAAAUAUACUUUGGACAUCAACGCAUGAAUUAUCAGGAUUAAAUCUUGAUAAAAUUGUGUCAAUGGCUGAAGAGACUCAGUUAGGUUCCCCAGAUGACCGUGAGGAAACUAUUAAAAACAUAGCUCAUUUUCUCACACGCUGGCUUGAAGCUUAUCGUGAAUAUAAACUCAAUUUCCUUGUUAAACUACGACAAAGAUCAUCGAGGAUGUGUUGCUUUCUGUGUUCUCGUCGCCAGGGUACUUUUCUUACCGGCCUCUAUGUUUUUGUGAAAAUGCUCUAUGUGGCUAAUGUAAUAGGCCAAUUUUUCCUUCUGAAUGCUUUUAUGGCAACCGAUUAUACUGUUUACGGACUGGAAGUGUUACAAUCUUUAGCCAGUAAUACUGUUUGGCAAGAAAGUCCACGUUUUCCUAGAGUAACACUGUGUGACUUGCAAAUUCGUCAAUUACAAAAUCUUCAAAGAUACACCGUUCAAUGUGUUUUACCAAUCAAUUUAUUUAACGAAAAAAUUUUCAUCUUUUUGUGGUUUUGGUUUGUGUUUGUCGCUGCAUGUUCAUGCAUUAAUCUUUUGUCCUGGUUCUAUCGCUUCAUUUUCUCCCAGGCUCAUAUUGAUUAUGUCACUAAAUACAUUCGAUGGUGGGAUUCCAUCCAGACAAAACAGGACAGAAAACUAUGUCAAAAAUUUACGAAGGAGUAUCUUCGAGAUGAUGGUUUUUUGGUCCUACGUGUUAUAGCAAAGAAUUCUACAGAUUUAGUUGCCGGAGAUUUAUUACAUUAUCUGUGGAAGGCUUAUAAGGAAAAGAAUGACGUGAAGAAUAAAGAACCAGCAGAUGUUGGUUCUAAUGUUCAUACUUAACAUGAGAGUUUCGCUUGGAAAACGCAAGUGAAGGAGCAUGUUAUCGCUACAAACAUCAUGGAAUGAACAGAUAUUUCCUCUUUACAGAAAAAUUGUCUUCACCGAAAGGAAGCAUAUGCAUAAAAUUCGUAAAAGGUGAAAAACUCAAACAAAAUAUGGAAUGUAUUUGAGAAGUGUAAUUUAUCGAUAUAUGAUAAAAGAAAACCUGUUGUGAAGCAUGUCUGAGAUUCAUAUGAUGUCUUCUGAAGUUCUGCUCUACUUAUUAUUCACUUCCUCAAACAUACUCAGCCCAUCAAAAGAUCCACAAAAUUUGUCUUUUUUUUUCAGAAACUACAAUAAUAUCACUUUCUUUUUCCCACUCUUCAUAUGCUCUUUAUUUUUUAACAACCCAAUAUAACAGAGGUCACUCCAUCUAACAGAAAAAUGAAAUCUCUCAUUAUUCUAGUUUGGGAUCACAACCUACCCCUUUCAUGUCAAUCUAAACUCCGGAAUUAAAAAAAAAAAUAAAGUUAAAAUUGAUUAAUUUCUAGAUCACAUCUUUCAUUUACUCUAUUAGUGUAUUUCUUUUCUUUCAUUCUGUAUUUUUCCUUUUCACUCUUUUCGAGUGAUUUAUGUUAAAUAUUAAAAACAUAAUUUAAAAUAAUUCCCUUCAGAGAAUAUAAUCUUUUAUGUAGCGAAGAAUCAGCUUGGCUGACAAGCUUUGUUAAUUAAUUUUAGCUUCAUCAGCUUUCAAUAAUAUUGAUAAAAGCUUAGUCAGACUAAUUCAUUUAAUAAUUCUGCUUAAUGCUGCUAGCAACCGCAGCAUUUAUUAAUAAGUAUGACUUCAGACUUCAGAUCCUGAAGAAGUCGGUUUGAUCUCAGUUGGGAGAUGAGAUAUUGCACCAUUACCUUAUCUGCUUGGAAAAUAGGGAUUAUGUAAUAAUAUCCCGUAAAUUCAUGGCUACUGCCAAUUAUGAAAUAAAAAAAAAAUCAUUAAUAAGCAGUAAAAGUAAAUAAUCCACCGAGGAAGUGCUGUAUUUUUCAGGUCCCUAACCUAAACGUACCAACUACUUUAAGGCUUCUAAAAGGUUCUUGGAUUAUUCUUUUAUAAUAUCACUGAUGACAUCAUCAUCAUCUUCUUCUUCUUCUUCUUCAUUGUUAUUAUUAUUAUUAUUAUUAUUAUUAUUAUUAUUAUUAUUAUUAUUAUUAUUAUUAUUAUUAUUAUUAUUAUUUUUAUUAUUAUUAUUAUUAUUAUUAUUAUUAUUAUUAUUAUUAUUAUUAUUUUUAUUAUUAUUUUUAUUAUUAUUAUUAUUAUUAUUAAGGCGGUGAGCUGGCAGAAUCGUUAGCAUGCCGGACAAAAUGCUUAACGGCAUUUCAUCUGUCUUUACAUUCUGAGUU